AUGGAGGUGUCUGAACGAGAUCGACGAUGGGAUGCUGAGCGUAACGGAAGCCACAAACGACUAUGGGAGAAAGAGUUCAUCAAGAGUCACAUCUUAAUCAUGGGAAAGUCCAUCAAAUUUCAAGGACAACAUGAAACAACAUAUGAGGCCAUCAAGGAAAUGGCUAAGCGAAAUAAUAAGAAUAAGAUCUGA